CCUCUUUGUUACAGUUUAUCCAUGAUGAACCUUCAAUUCAAAUCAGUGAGGAUGAUGGAAAAGAAUACUCUGCAGAUAUAGACUUCAUGGAGGAGCAGGAUGACAGCCCCAUCACAAUAACACUAACUGACUUUGCUGAAAUUGAUAUUUAUCAAUGUUGUAGCAAUGAAGCAUGCAGACAAAAGAAGAUGGUACAGAAUGAGUGUCCUGUAUGUAAACGGACAGAUUCGGAUAAGAAAUCUUGCAGAGUUAACUUCCUGUUUUCAACUAAAGACAAAAAAGACCAGAAAAUUGUUCUCUUCAAGUCAACUUUAGAACUUAUCCUGAAGACUGAACUGGACCUUAAUUGUACAAAGGAAGAAAUUACACAAAAAAUUAUACAACUUCUGCCCAUCCAAACCAAAUCCUGCAUUUCCAAAGGAAAUACCCUGUACAACAUUCAGUAAACAUACUAUAUACUUUUGUAAACCCAGUCAGUAAUGAUUUUGUCAUUUUACUUGUAUCUUUUGCCGAAAAGAAGUUUUUCUGAGAAAGUGUAUAUCUGUAUGCAAAGUUUUGUUACUUCUUUGAUUAAUGCCAGUAUAUUUACAACUGCAAUUACCUAGUCAGUAAUGAUUCAUUCAUUAAAUUGCAAAGAAGCAAUAUUUUUAUACACGUACUCCUAUUGUUUUGCAGAAUAGGGUACCAAAUUUUUCUGAGAUAUAAUGUAUAUCUAUAUACAGAAUUUUGUUACUUCUUAGAUUAAUGCCAGUAUAUUUACUUCUGUAAUUACCCAGUCGGUAAUGAUUUAGUAUGAAAUUGCAAAAAAGAAGCAAUUUUUUAUACCCCUAUUGUUUUGCAGUAAAGGGUAUGUUCUUUUACUUGUAACUUUUGCUGAAAGGAAGUCUUUCUGAGAAAGUUUUAUCUGUAUGCAAAGUUUUGUUACUUCUUUGAUUAAUGCCAGUAUAUUUACAACUGUAAUUACCUAGUCGGUAAUGAUUUAGUCAUUAAAUUGCAAAGAAGCAAUAUUUUUAUACAUGUACUCCUAUUGUUUUGCAGAAUAGGGUAAGGAAGUUUUUCUGAGAUAUAGUGUAUAUCUAUUUACAGAAUUUUGUUACUUCUUAGAUUGAUGCCAGUAUAUUUACUUCUGUAAUUACCCAGUCAGUAAUGAUUUAGUAUGAAAUUGCAAAGAAGCAAUUUUUUAUACUCCUAUUGUUUUGCAGUAAAGAGUAUGUUCUUUUACUUGUAACUUUUGCUGAAAGGAAGUCUUUCUGAGAAAGUUUUAUCUGUAUGCAAAGUUUUGUUACUUCUUUGAUUAAUGCCAGUAUAUUUACUACUGUAAUUACCUAGUCAGUAAUGAUUUAGUCAUUAGAUUGCAAAGAAGCAAUUUUUUUUAUACAUGUAUAUUCCUAUUGUUUUGCAGAAUAGGGUAUUUUUCUUUACUUUUAUCUUUUGCUGAAAGGAAGGCUUUUUUGAGAUAGUUUAUACCUGUAUGCACAAUUUUGUUACCUCUUAGAUUAAUGCCAGUAUGAUUUAGUCAUUAAAUUACAAAAAAGAAUUACUCCUAUUCUGUAGAAUUUUUUUUUCUUUUUUACUUGUAUUUUUGUUGAAUAGUACAUUUUCCUACUUGUGCAUAUCUGUGUGCAACUUUUUGUUAUUUCAUACAUUAAGUAGGCUGGGGGUGGUAGCCAUUUUCACACUAUUUCGAUCUCCUUAAAAAGAAUAGCUCCAUAUAAAGAUAUACAAAAACUAUCAAAUUUUAAAACUUUUCUAAAUGAUAGUUGAUAGCUUAAAAAAAACGUAUCUAAAAAAAAAAUGUUAAAUCUGGUGGUUAAUUUGUGGUUUAUUUAUUGACCCCCCAGCCUUCUAAUACCAUUAUGUAGUUUGUUGUUUUUAGAAAUAAAUAAACUUCAAUUUUGAAAUUAUUUAUUUAUUUAUUUUUUUUUUACAAAAUUGAUUUUAUGUACAGUGAACUUCAUUAUCUCAAAUACUUCCUUAGUCUUACCAAGUUUGGGAUAAUGAAGUUUUGCUGUAUUUGUAAAUACUGGAUUGGGAAAAGAAGGGAGGCGUACAAUCCAAGGACAAUCUGCCGCUUUGUGAAAAGACAUCUGCAUUUUAAAAGUUCAUGAAAGCUAUAUUUUUUAAAAUUAUUUGGUUUAUGUCAUCUUUUACACUUAAAAUCUGUAUUUCAUUGUUAAAUAUUCUAUUGAUAAUUUAUUCUAUACUCACGUUUUUAAGACAUGUGAAUCAG